AUGUCGGACGUCAAUUCACUCGUGUUCCAGCCUUUGAACCAGUUUUUUAAGAACAGUUAUCAUCUUGUAAAGAAAUGCAAUAAACCUGAUCGAAAAGAAUUUGCUCGUAUUGCUGGUGCUACUUCUGUGGGUUUUCUCAUGAUGGGAUUCAUUGGUUUCUUUGUGAAACUUGUGCACAUUCCAAUUAACAAUAUCCUCGUAGGAGGCGGCAGUGCUUGA